UGGAUGAGGUGACGCGCCGCGCCUUCUCCGAAGCCGCCGGUGGCGAGUCCAACUAGCCGUCGUCCGUGGAGGGAAGGGGAGAGCCGGGCAUGCCUCCGCCGGGGCACCCGCGCCGCUGAGGGAUCGGCCGCCGCCACUCUCGCCUCCUUCUGACACCGCCAGCCGAGGAGGAGUCGGGCUGGGGGGCGCGCAAGCGGGCAUCGCGCCUCGGGCAUUCAUUUUCUGGGCGCUCGCCGGAGAGGUCUCCCCUUCGCUCGCCGGCUUCCCCCUCGCCCUUUCUUGGAGUCCGGUGGAAGGAGGAAGGGAGAGGGGGUCUCCCGUCCAACGGCGCCCGCUCAUGAGGAGAGAAGUGCCCUAAGGACCCCCUCCUCCCAGGCGAGAGACGGACGACUUGGCGAGGCUGCCCGGCGGGCAACGGCGGCGGUAACCUUGGGCUUGCGCGCCUUCCAUCUCCACGGGCGGAGGUAGCCCCCGGUAAACAUGGCGAGCGAUUCUCCGGCUCGGAGCCUGGACGAGAUAGAUCUGUCCGCCUUGAGGGAUCCUGCAGGCAUCUUUGAACUGGUUGAACUGGUUGGCAAUGGGACUUACGGGCAAGUGUAUAAGGGUCGUCAUGUCAAAACAGGGCAGCUUGCAGCUAUUAAAGUCAUGGAUGUCACUGGGGAUGAAGAAGAGGAGAUUAAACAAGAAAUUAACAUGCUAAAGAAAUAUUCUCAUCACCGAAAUAUUGCUACUUAUUAUGGUGCUUUCAUUAAAAAGAACCCACCAGGAAUGGAUGAUCAGCUCUGGCUGGUGAUGGAGUUCUGUGGUGCUGGAUCCGUCACUGAUCUGAUCAAGAACACAAAAGGGAACACUUUGAAGGAGGAGUGGAUUGCCUAUAUCUGCAGGGAGAUUUUACGGGGCUUGAGUCAUCUCCAUCAACACAAAGUAAUCCAUCGAGAUAUUAAGGGACAGAAUGUUUUGCUAACUGAAAAUGCAGAAGUUAAAUUAGUGGAUUUUGGAGUCAGCGCUCAACUAGACAGAACAGUUGGUCGAAGAAAUACAUUUAUUGGAACACCAUACUGGAUGGCUCCUGAGGUCAUUGCCUGUGAUGAAAACCCUGAUGCUACUUACGAUUUCAAGAGUGAUUUGUGGUCUUUAGGGAUAACAGCCAUCGAAAUGGCAGAAGGAGCUCCUCCCCUUUGUGACAUGCAUCCCAUGAGAGCCUUGUUCCUCAUUCCCCGAAACCCAGCCCCCAGGUUGAAAUCAAAGAAGUGGUCAAAAAAAUUCCAGUCCUUCAUUGAAAGCUGCCUGGUAAAAAAUCACGGUCAGAGGCCAACCACUGAACAGCUGAUGAAGCACCCGUUUAUACGAGACCAGCCAAAUGAAAGGCAGGUUCGCAUCCAGCUCAAAGACCACAUUGACAGGACUAAGAAAAAACGAGGAGAGAAAGAUGAGACAGAAUAUGAGUACAGUGGAAGUGAGGAGGAAGAGGAAGAAAAUGACUCUGGAGAACCCAGCUCCAUCCUAAAUCUGCCUGGAGAAUCAACCUUAAGGCGGGAUUUUUUGCGGCUUCAGCUUGCAAACAAGGAACGCUCGGAGGCCCUCCGUCGGCAGCAGCUGGAGCAGCAGCAGCGUGAAAAUGAAGAGCACAAGAGGCAGCUUCUGGCAGAACGUCAAAAGAGGAUUGAGGAACAGAAAGAGCAGAGGCGGAGGCUGGAAGAGCAGCAAAGGAGAGAGAAGGAGCUAAGAAAACAACAAGAGAGGGAGCAACGGCGGCAUUAUGAAGAACAACUGCGGCGAGAAGAGGAAAGGAGGCGGGCUGAACACGAGCAGGAAUACAUCAGGCGACAGUUAGAGGAAGAACAGAGGCAGUUAGAGAUCCUGCAGCAGCAAUUACUGCAGGAACAAGCUCUACUUCUGGAAUACAAGCGCAAACAGUUGGAGGAGCAACGGCAAGCAGAGAGGCUACAGCGACAACUGCAACAGGAACGAGACUACCUAGUUUCUUUACAGCAGCAGCAGAGACAAGAGCAGAGACCAGCUGAGAAGAAGCCUCUCUAUCAUUACAAGGAGGGGAUGAAUGCCACUGACAAGCCAGCUUGGGCGAAGGAGGUUGAAGAACGUUCCAGGCUGAACCGGCAAAGUUCUCCAGCCAUGCCUCACAAGGUGGCCAACAGAAUUUCUGAUCCAAACCUGCCGCCUCGAUCAGAGUCCUUUAGUAUUAGCGGGGUGCAGCCAGCUCGAACACCGCCCAUGCUGCGAUCGGUGGAUCCACAGAUUCCACAUCUGGUCAGUGUGAAAUCCCAAGGACCUUCCUUGCCUGCCUCUCAAUCACUGCAUGAACAGCCCACAAAGGGGAUGGCUGGGUUUCAGGAAGCUCUGACGGUGACCUCUCACCGCACUGAGAUGCCAAGGCAGAACUCGGACCCCACUUCCGAAAAGCCUCCUCUCCCCCCUCGUGUUGAAAAGUUUGAUCGAAGUUCUUGGUUACGACAGGAAGAAGACAUUCCACCAAAGGUGCCUCAGCGAACUACUUCCAUCUCACCUGCAUUAGCUCGGAAGAACUCUCCUGGGAAUGGGACUGCUCUGGGACCUCGACUUGGAUCACAGCCCAUAAGAGCAAGUAACCCAGACCUGCGGAGAACAGAGCCCAUAAUAGAAAAUCUGAUACAGAGGACAAGCAGUGGCAGUUCUUCCAGCUCCAGCACCCCCAGCUCACAGCCCAGUUCACAGGCUGGCUCACAGCCUGGAUCCCAAGCUGGCUCCAGUGAACGGAACCGAGCCAGAGGAAAUGCCAAGCUUGAAGGAUCACCCAUACUCCCACAUGAACCUGCCAAGAUAAAACAGGAAGACAGCAAGGACAUGACACGGCCAAGUCGACCUGCUGAUCUGACUGCUUUAGCAAAAGAAUUGCGGGAGCUACGGAUUGAAGAAACCAACCGGCCUUUAAAGAAAGUUACGGAUUAUUCCUCCUCCAGUGAGGAGUCUGAAAGCAGUGAAGAGGAGGAAGAGGAUGGAGAAAGCGAAACACAAGACGGCACUGUGCCUGUCAGCGACAUACCAAGACUUAUACCAACAGGAAUGCCAGCAAACAACGAGUCCUACAAUCUAGGAAUGGUAUCAAGCCAUGGUGGUCUGGAGCCCCCCCACCCUGAUAAAUUUAGCAGUAUUUCAAGAGAAGGGACUUUAAUGAUAAGGGAGACGUCUGGUGACCACAAGCGCUCUGGCCACCCAGCCAGCAAUGGCUUUGCUGGCCAUGUCAACCUUCCUGAUCUAGUGCAACAAAGCCACUCACCUGCGGGCACACCGACUGAGGGCUUGGGGCGAGUCUCCACCCACGGGCAAGAGAUGGAGCCUGUGGCUGAAUACGGUAUGGGAAGCAGUACAAAAGCCUCUUUCACCCCAUUUGUAGACACCAGAGUGUAUCAGACCUCCCCAACAGAUGAAGAUGAAGACGAUGAUGAAGAAUCCUCUGCUACAGCAUUAUUUACCAGUGAGCUGCUGAGACAAGAACAGGCCAAACUUAAUGAAGCAAGAAAAAUUUCUGUAGUAAAUGUGAACCCCACCAACAUUCGUCCUCAUAGUGAUACCCCAGAGAUCCGAAAGUACAAGAAACGCUUCAAUUCGGAAAUCCUGUGUGCUGCUUUAUGGGGUGUAAAUUUACUGGUAGGAACCGAGAAUGGGCUUAUGCUGUUGGAUCGGAGUGGACAAGGAAAAGUGUACAAUCUCAUCAAUAGGAGACGGUUCCAACAAAUGGAUGUAUUAGAAGGCCUCAAUGUCCUUGUAACUAUCUCAGGAAAGAAGAACAAGCUACGAGUUUACUACCUUUCAUGGUUAAGAAACAGAAUAUUGCACAAUGAUCCAGAAGUAGAAAAGAAACAAGGCUGGAUCACUGUAGGUGAUUUGGAAGGCUGCAUCCAUUAUAAAGUUGUGAAAUAUGAGAGAAUCAAGUUCUUGGUGAUUGCCUUAAAGAAUGCUGUAGAGAUAUAUGCUUGGGCUCCUAAACCUUAUCACAAGUUUAUGGCUUUUAAGUCUUUUGCAGAUCUUCAGCACAAACCAUUGCUUGUUGACCUCACGGUAGAAGAAGGUCAGAGGUUGAAAGUCAUCUUUGGGUCACAUACUGGUUUUCAUGUUAUUGAUGUAGAUUCAGGCAAUUCUUAUGAUAUCUACAUACCAUCUCAUAUUCAGGGCAAUAUUACACCUCAUGCCAUUGUCAUCUUACCCAAGACGGAUGGAAUGGAAAUGCUUGUGUGCUAUGAGGAUGAAGGGGUAUACGUUAAUACCUAUGGACGCAUAACAAAAGAUGUGGUACUCCAAUGGGGAGAAAUGCCCACUUCAGUGGCCUAUAUUCACUCCAAUCAAAUUAUGGGCUGGGGUGAGAAAGCUAUUGAAAUACGAUCAGUGGAGACAGGACAUUUGGAUGGAGUAUUUAUGCACAAGCGUGCACAACGGUUAAAGUUUCUAUGUGAAAGAAAUGAUAAGGUAUUUUUUGCAUCAGUAAGAUCAGGGGGAAGUAGCCAAGUAUUUUUCAUGACCCUGAACAGAAAUUCCAUGAUGAACUGGUAACGAAAGGGCACUUGGUGCUUAUUUUGAUGCCAAGAUUUGUUAAAUUUUGAAGGACAUCGGAACAUGCAGAGUUACACCAUCAAGGCAGGUGAAGAAGACAUUGUGGAUCAUGUUGCUUUCUUCUCUGAUGAUAGUCCUGCUCAUGCAGACAUAUUCUGAGAACAUGACACACUUUUCCCAUUGUGAUUUCAGAAUGCAGGUUUAUUCAAGAUCACAAGAAGGCAACACUAUUUGAGCAGAAAAGGACCAAUGCUUAAGAGAUUUAGCUGAAUAAAUCUCUUUGAGGUGUUCAAAUUAAGCUGUGAUAGAAUCAGCCCUAGGGUUUUUAAAAAUAAUGAUUUUACUUUGUUCUUUGACCCUCAGUUUGUAGAGACAGGUCUAAAAAUGAAAACAGAGUAUCUGUUUUAAUGAUGUCUGCCUACCAGCAUCGAAUGUAUAGUAUGAUGUAAGGCAGAUUCCCCUGACCUGGUGUCUUUUAGGUGUGGUGGACUGGAGCUCCCAUGAUCAUGGCUAGCAAGCCAAAUGGGUAUGUUGGUUGGGAAUGGUGGGAGUUGUAAUCAAACACAUCUGUGGGGGCUAGGCUGAGAACUGCUGUUACAAAGUUAUCGCUUAAAACUGAUGCAAGAGAGCACAAUAAAUGUACCAUUUUUAA